GAAAAACAAGAAGCUGAUCAAGAUGAAGGUGCAGCGGCCUUCUGGACCCUCAGAGCCCACCAGCAACAUGCUUGUUCCGGGCAUCCCCAGACCCAUCCCUCAGCUCGUGCCCACCAUGCUGUCUGUGCUAAAGGCCAUUGAGCCAGAGAUCAUUUACUCGGGCUACGACAGCACUCUGCCGGACACCUCUACGCGGCUCAUGACCACUCUCAACAGGCUUGGGGGGCAGCAGGUCAUCUCUGCAGUCAAGUGGGCCAAGUCACUGCCAGGCUUCCGCAACCUGCACCUGGAUGACCAGAUGACAUUGCUGCAGUGCUCAUGGCUCUUCCUCAUGUCCUUCAGUCUGGGUUGGAGGUCGUACGAGCAGUGUAACGGUAGCAUGCUCUGCUUCGCCCCUGAUCUCGUCAUCAACAAAGAUCGCAUGAAGCUGCCCUUCAUGACCGACCAGUGCGAGCAGAUGCUGAAAAUCUGUAAUGAGUUUGUCCGACUGCAGGUGUCCUAUGACGAGUACCUGUGCAUGAAGGUCCUGUUGCUGCUUAGCACAGUACCGAAAGACGGCCUGAAGAGCCAGGCGGUGUUUGACGAGAUCAGGAUGACGUACAUCAAGGAACUGGGGAAAGCUAUCGUCAAAAGAGAGGAGAACGCUAGUCAGAACUGGCAGCGUUUCUACCAGCUAACUAAGCUACUGGACUCAAUGCAGGAGAUGGUGGAGGGUCUUCUCCAGAUCUGUUUCUACACCUUUGUGAAUAAAACCCUCAGUGUGGAAUUCCCGGAGAUGCUGGCAGAGAUCAUCACCAACCAAAUACCAAAAUUUAAAGAUGGGAGCGUCAAGCCUCUGCUGUUUCAUCAGAAAUGACUGCCUUAAACUGUGAAGCAAUGCCUUAAAUCUUGCCCUGACCACGAACCGCUCAUGGGGCCCCAAGCUUUUGCCCCAGGCCCUAAACCUUCUCUUGUCCUGCCUCUCCCAGCACUCGGAUUUGAUUCCUCCGUUUUCCCAGGCCCGCCCCCUUUAGGAAUUCAGCCACGCCCCUCAAGGCCUCAGCCGGUCAACCUUAUAUCGGAGCACAAUCCCUCGCCUCCCAUCGCCUCACGCCUCCCCGUGUGGUCCCGGGUCGGGCCAAGCCACUGUGGGCAACCCUAGCACCGACCUGAAGCCCUUCCUUUUGGCUAACCAAGAAGAAAAUGUCAUUAAUAUGUUGGCGUUGAAUGUCUCAUGGGCAGGAUGCAUUUUGGGAAUCUAUUUUUUAUUUCAUUUUUCCAGGCCCCUCCUCCGUCCAUGGCCCUGUCCUCAGGUUUUUAAUGCAGUUUCUUUUGGUGGCCGCCCGCCUCUUACCCUCUCCUGCCUCCAGUUUUGUAUUGUUGUUUUUAAUGACAAGCCAAUACCUAGAAAGUCCUUUUCCGCCCUCAACACGACACCUCAUAUUGUGUCCAACUUGUUAGAUUAGCAGUGUAUUGAAGUACGAGUUCAAGCUUACAGUUCCUCUGCUCACCUGCCCAUAUGUCGUCCGUCCCCCGUCCCCAGCUCCACUGUACAGAGAAUGUCGUACGUGUUCACGAAGCAUACUCUAACAUGAGAACAUCUCUUCUUCUGGACUAAAGGACAUUAAGGACAAACUGUGUUCAGCUGUGAAUCAUUCAUCAUUACUGAAAUGAUUUGAAUCGGAUUUAUAUACCUGACCAAUGAAAGAAAAGAACUGGAAUAUUAUUAUAUAUAAUAUUCAUUUAUUUUAUGCAGACACGCAUUUCUUACCACAAAUGCAGGCCAUGCUUAGAAAUGCACAACAUACAACAGUAUUUGCAGACACACAUUCACUUAGCAAAAUGUUUACACAGGAUGUAUCUGAGAAGGGAAAAUCAGUGCCUUUUAGCUUUUAAAGCUCUUCAUAGCCAUCCUCUAUAAACCACGUUUUUUCUUUUUGCAUAACUAUCUACCUUGAGAAAUGUCCACAUAUUAUUUAUGUUUUCGUUUUUCCACGCUUGCAAUUUCUGUUUCCUUUCCAAGCAGCUGUUUUCUGUGUUUUUAGUGUGGGCAGCUCUCAUUGAUUUGAUCCUCAGACGUCCCCCCCCGAUGUGUGCUCCUUUAGGAAGACAGCCUAUUGUACAAGUUAGAAAUACUCAGAGCAGUAUGAAAUAUGAAGAUUUUAUAUUUUAAUGUCAUAAGAAAGUUUAAGAAUCACAGAAAAUAGACAGGGAAACUAUCAGUCCCAAAACACAUGAUGUGCGUCUCUUUUUCCCAUGUAAAGUAUAUUUGAUUAAUAUACUGCAUCUCCCAAUCAGUUACUUAAAGUUCCAGUAAACAGAAUAUGUCAACAGAUAUAAUGUGAAAUAAAAUCCAAGUUCUUUAACAAGGUUGUAACGAUCUUCAACCCCAUCGGUGCUAAAUGGACACCACUGGAAUUAAACUAGGCAUAUCUGACGUUUUAUAAUAUUUAAGGUUCAUUUAAAUCAAAAUUGUUUACAAACCGUUGCAAUUUAUUCAGAUGCAAUCACACAGGUGGGGUUUUAAAAACUAAAUUGCCUGGAAAAGAACACCCAAGGCGUCUGUGUAUUAGUAAAUAGCCGUCAUGAUUCAAGCGAGCCUGAUUUAAAGUCAAAUUGCCCUUUCAUAUACUUACUUUCUCGUUUAGUAAAUGGUUUCAUACAACUUGACUUUUAAAUGUGGUUUUAUUGACUUACCUGGUCAGACUGCCUGUUCCCACUACCAGUAAUCACAGGAAGGUCUAAAAGGAAAGAGUUCACGGUUUUAUAAAAUGGUUACUAGACUGGUUGGGUUUUCAAAAUAAGGUACCAUGAAAACAGUAAGUACUACACCAUGCUCAAACCUCAGAAGUACUGAGAAGUGACAUCAAUUACUUUAUCAUAUAUUAAUUCAGGUAAACAAAAAGCAUAUUAUUGUUGACAAAAGUACUGCAUUUCACUCGAAGUAGCAUUUUAGAUUAAAUAUAACCUUCAAUCAGCUUCAUCUCAAAUAGUUUGCACAAACAGGAAGUGGGUUUAUUAUUAAGUAGUUUAACUCAACACGAUUAAAAGAUAAUUCAAUUCCAUACAUAAUUACAUAUUUUUUGUAUAUGAGAUAUAGACAAAUAAUAUAUAAAUAGAGACACCCAUAAUGUAUGGAACGUCUGUUCCCAGCACAGGAUUUCACCUCUACAAUUGAGAUAUCUUUUGGAAGAAGAUGCAGUUUGAUCCAAAUAAAGUGAAUCAAAGCUCAGGCUGAGUGACUACAUCACUUGGAUGUGUUCCACUAGUGCCAAAUGUUGUAUCACAUUUUGAUAUGUCUUUUCUGGAGAUGUGCAGGAGUGAUUAAUCAGUUUGGAGACAACAACACUUUUUUUUUUUUUUUUUACCUUUGCUUCAGGGCGCUCAGAUGUUCAGUGUCACACCUACACCAGCUUAAACGUACUGAUUGUUAUUGUCCAAGUUAAGUAUAUGAUGGACUUUUUUUGGAUAUGCACAAUAUAUUGUAUUUUUGAAAUUGCAAGGUCAACAGUAAUAUCUUCUACUGUUAAACGGGUGGUGGUCAGCAUUUAAUACAUUUGUAAUGUGAAAACAUGUUCAUACCAGCUUAUGUGAUGGCCAAAGCAAAACACACAGUGCAGUUGUUCAUUGGCUUCGGUUAAAACUCAAACACAACCCCCCCCCUUCAUCAUUUUCCUCAAUGUUUUCCUGCCUAAAAUGUCGACCGUAUAGAUUUUCAGCUGUUCACUCUGCAUGGUACUCAUCCCUCUGCUGCACAUAACUCUGAAUGGCAGUUAACAGACCAGGUAGCACGUUGCCAUAGAGACCAGUCAUUUGUGUGUUACUCACAGCUAACAGCACAGCAGACUCUGGACGCAUCCAAGCCACUAUUCAAUAAAAGCCAUCACGUUUCUAAUCAGCCAUUCUGCCAGAGGAUGGUUACUCACAGCAGGGUUGUUUCGUGUACAGUGCAGGCUUUCAGCUUUACUCGUAAACUCUCGUGGCCUUUUGCUGUGAAGAACACGGGCUUGUGCCGCUCACGUUAAUGUGGAUUAUUCCGGGGGAAGAUUUGACUAAACUGUCUGUUUGGUGACUUGUGCAUACAGUAUUAGAGAUGUUUCCAGGUGGGUGCUUCAGAAAAACCAGCUUUAACAUGUAGACCUAACCACAUCUCUGCUCAUCUCUAAAUGGCCAUAGGUGUAUAUAGCAGCGCCGACAUAUCCAGUGCAAUGUAAACAGUGUCUAUUAUUACAACAUAUUUUUACAAGGACAUUACCUCUAUACUCCUAUACAUUUUUAUUUUACCUUUCAACUACAUGUAAAGGCCUUGCGAAAGGGAGACAGAGAGCCAUAUAAAUAUCAUAUUAAAUCAGGAAAUAGAUAAACCCCUAACAAAUAUCAUUCUUUGGGAGAUUGAUCUAGUGUAAAAAAAAAAAAGACUAUUUUCUGCGAUUUUGAAUAGAUCAACCUGAUCCUCUUUGAUAGGAAUAAUUUUACCCAAUCCUUUUUGUACAUUGAACAAAUCGAGAAAGUAAAUAUUUUUCUGUUUGUGUUUGAUAAAGGUAGACGUGUUAAAUACAUUAGGAAGUGUUAAACAUGUUUGUCUUGUGAAGUAAAUGUAAAUUCUACGAGUCAAUGGGAAAGUCUAUGAAUGCUCACUGUGUUUUAAAGUUAUAAGGAAACGAGGUAGAGGGAGGGAGGGUGAGGCAGGCGGGAGGUGGUUUUUGCGUUAUAUAAGAGUGACCAAAGCAGAGGAGAGAAAAAAAAAGAUUUAUCAAACAAGAAGUAUUCAAGCAGUUACAUUUUAAGUAGCACUUAUUAUUGAACUUCUAGUACUUCUUAUUUUAUUUCGAAGAUAUCUUUUGUAAAGGUCCAGACUUUGGAUCCCAUGUAUAUUGCUGUGAGGAUUUACUGGUCACUUUAAAAUAGAAAAAUGAGACAAAAAAAA